UAUCUCGUAAACCAGAAUCGUAAAUAAAAACAAAAUCCAAGAGUCCAUACAUCCUUCACACAUCUUUCGUUUUCAUAACCGUCCCAUCACGCCGUGAAUCCAAUCUCCACCGCCAUGACGGACCAACCAAUUCCUUUUCCGGCCGCCGUGAAUGCCGAAAACUUAUCAACAUAUAAUAAUAAUAAUAACAAUGACGAAGAAGAAGAAGAUGAAGGUGAUGUAUGUCGGAUCUGUAGAAACCCGGGCGAUUCGGAUAAUCCGUUAAGGUAUCCGUGUGCUUGUAGCGGCAGUAUUAAGUUUGUUCAUCAGGAUUGCCUUUUACAGUGGCUUCAUCAUAGCAAAACUCGUCAUUGCGAGGUUUGCAAACAUCGAUUUUCAUUCUCCCCUGUGUAUGCCGAGCAUGCCCCUUCUAAGCUUCCUUUUCAGGAGUUCGUAGUUGGGAUGUCAACGAAAGCCUGUCGCGUGUUGCAGUUUGUUAUGCGCCUCACUUUUGUGCUUUCUGUAUGGCUUGUCAUAAUUCCAUUUAUUACUUUCUGGAUUUGGCGCUUCUCGUUUGUUAGGACUUUUGGUGAAGCUCAGAGACUGUUUAUGAGUCAUAUCUCCACUACAGUUAUUCUUACCGACUGUCUUCACGGGUUUUUGCUCUCUGCAAGCAUCGUCUUCAUAUUUCUUGGGGCUACAUCAUUGAGAGACUAUGUUAGACAUUUAAGAGAAAUUGCGGGCCCAGAUGACAGAGAGGACGAAGGAGAUAGAAAUGGUGCUCGUGUUGCCAGAAGACCACCUGCACAACCUAACAGAAACCUUUUUGGUGACAAUGCUGGCGGAGCACAAGGAAUUGGUGGUGCCGGUCAGAUAAUUAGAAGAAAUGCAGAGAAUGUUGCAGCCAGAUUGGAGAUGCAAGCAGCUCGUCUUGAAGCGCAUGUUGAACAAAUGUUUGAUGGUUUGGAUGAUGGGGAAGGCGCAGAGGAUGUUCCAUUUGAUGAGCUAGUUGGCAUGCAGGGGCCUCUUUUUCAUUUGGUGGAAAAUGCAUUCACUGUUCUUGCUAGCAACAUGAUAUUUCUUGGUGUUAUGAUUCUUGUGCCAUUUCACCUUGGACGAAUCAUACUGUAUCACCUAGCAUGGAUAUUAUUAUCUGCUACGGACCCUGUCUUUUCAACUGUUGUACCACUGACAGACCAAGCACUUUCUCUAGCCAAUAUCACUUUAAAGAACACUCUGACUGCAGUGUCAAAUCUGACAUUCGAUCACCAGCCAGAUGAUACUGUCAUUGGCCAUGUUGCUGGGAUAAUUGAAUCAAAUGCUACCGGACUUAUUAACUCAUCAAAUAAUGUCACAAUUUCUCUUGCGGAUAAUAUUCUACCAGGAGAAACCAUUGGGGCAUCAUGGGUGGCUGAUGUCACAACUCUUGCUAUUGGUUAUAUGUUUAUUUUCUUGCUUAUAAUUUUCUACUUUGGGACUGUUGCAUUAAUUAGAUGCACUAAAGGAGAGCCGUUGAUCAUGGGAAGAUUCUAUGGUAUUGCUUCAAUAGCAGCGACAAUCCCUUCUCUUUUCAAACAGUUCUUGACAGCAAUGAAACAUUUAACGACUAUGAUAAAAGUGGCCUUCCUUUUGGUAGUUGAGUUAGGGGUUUUCCCUCUGAUGUGUGGAUGGUGGCUUGACAUUUGUACUAUAAGGAUGUUUGGCAAGUCGAUUGCUCAACGAGUCAACUUCUUUUCAGUGUCUCCGUUGGGAAGCUCAUUGAUUCAUUGGGCUGUAGGGAUUGUCUACAUGCUACAAAUAUCAAUAUUUGUCAGCCUUCUUAGAGGGGUUUUGCGUACUGGAGUUCUUUAUUUUUUGCGGGACCCAGCUGAUCCUAAUUACAACCCCUUUCGUGAUCUAAUUGAUGACCCGGUUUAUAAACAUUCUCGUAGAGUUCUAUUGUCAGUGGCUGUUUAUGGCAGCUUAAUAGUAAUGCUUGUAUUUCUACCUGUUAAACUUGCCAUGCGAAUGGCUCCCUCCCUCUUCCCUCUUGAUAUUUCAGUAUCCGACCCAUUUACAGAGAUUCCUGCUAACAUGCUUCUCUUUCAAAUAUGCAUUCCAUUUGCUAUUGAGCAUUUCAAGUUGCGAACAACAAUCAAGUCACUGUUACAUCAUUGGUUUGCUGCUGUUGGUUGGGGACUCGGCCUAACUGAUUUUUUAUUGCCUCAACCUGAGGAUAAUGAUGUACAAGAUAAUGCAAACCGGGACCCGCUGCAGCAGGAUUGGUUACCUCCUCAACUAGGGGACCAUGAGCCAGACGUUCGAUUUAUGGAUGCCAUAGAUAUGGAUAAAACGGUGCAGGCAGAAGCUGAUGGUGAUGAGCAGUGUGAUUUAGAAAGAUGCAGAUUUGUGCUCCGCAUCGUGCUGCUUUUGUUGGCGGCUUGGAUGACACUUCUAAUCUUCAAUUCCAUGUUACUUGUAGUGCCUGUCAUGAUCGGACGGGCAUUGUUUAGCGCAGCUUCCCUGCUCCCAAUCACACAUGGCAUGAAAUGCAAUGAUUUAUAUGCUUUCAUUAUUGGAAGUUAUAUCAUCUCAACUACGCUGGCUGGUGCAAGGUAUUGUAUUGAUCAAAUCAAAACAGAGAAAGCAACAGUUUUACUAGGCCAUAUUUGGAAGUGGUGCUCCAUCAUUGUGAAGAGUUCUUUGUUGUUGUCAAUAUGGAUUUUUCUCAUCCCAGUAUUGAUUGGAUUGCUGUUUGAACUUCUAGUAAUCGUACCAAUGCGGGUCCCUGUGGAUGAAAGCCCGGUUUUUCUUUUGUAUCAGGAUUGGGCUUUUGGGCUUAUUUUCCUCAAGAUCUGGACUCAAUUGGUAAUGCUGGACCAGAUGGCGCCACUGGUGGAUGACAGCUGGCAUUUGAAGUUUGAGAGGGUGAGAGAAAAUGGAUUCUCGGGGCUACAAGGAGUAUGGGUGUUACGAGAGAUAGUUAUACCUAUUAUCAUGAAGCUGCUAACGGCUCUUUGCUUCCCUUAUGUUUUAGCUAGAGGGGUAUUUCCAAUAUUUGGGUACCCAUUAGUGGUCAACUCAGCUGUCUACAGGUUUGCGUGGGUGGGGUGCCUUGGGUUUAGUUUGGUGUGCUUUUGUGCCAAGAGGUUCCAUGCUUGGGUCACUGACCUUCACAACUCUAUAAGAGAUGACCGCUAUCUGAUUGGCAGAAGACUUCAUAAUUUUGAUGAGGAUGUAAUAUUAAGGAAUAGGCGUCGUAUUUCCAUAGAGGGAUGAGAAAUGCAAGUUGUUUCAGAAGAUUUUAGUUUGUGUAAAUAUUAUUGCUGAAAGGGUAGGCACCGAUAGAAUAGAUAUAGGCAGAUGGUGAUUGCAUACUUGUAACAUAAAGAUGCCAUUUGCUUUACCCUCAUGCGAAUGUUAUAAUGUGCUAGAACUUAUUUGCAUGUGUCCGUGGAUGAAUCCAAACUUGUUUUGUUCCACUGAUAUUACAGUGAAUAGGUUGGUAUUUUUUUUUCUA